AUGUUCCAUCUGGGCAACCUUGGAAGUGAACACCUGGGCAUAUUCUGUUCUGGCGCUAGAGAGGAUGCGAACGACCCCAUCGAUGUGUUGGCAGGAGACUGGAUGAGCGAAGGGAAUAUGACCGGCCGCGCAAAUGCCAAGUUGAACGGCCAAUUCGAUGCAUACGAACCCACCUUCCCCGAAGCCCUCGAACCUGCGCUGCCUCACAUUGCCAAAUACCGCAUCAAAGUCGCCGUCAAUAAUCCCACUUCUUCGCACGUCAUAAUGCCCCAAGGGAGGCCACGGAAUGUCGCCGUCAACGCAGGCGCAUCCGACACACAGAAGCUACAUCAGGUGGUUACGAAGAUGGGGCAAUCGAAAGGUCUCAACCUUGGCGUUGCGUGGAUAUCUGGUGAUGAAGUGCUGCCCCAGUUGCUUGACGCGCAAAAAGCGAGGUGCGCGUUCGAGAAGGGUGCGGAUAUCGUGGUGUGUGGGCGAUGGCACAACUGGCAGCGAUCCGAUUCAGAUAAAUUGUACAACACGUUUGUGGUUGGCUAUAUACCGGAGUGCUCGUAUUACAGUACAGGUGGGAACAAUACCGGCUUCAAGGACUUCCAUGCCCUACGAGGUGGCAAGGGCGCGUUGCCACCGCCAAUAACCAAAGUCGGCAUUACAGCGAAACCACUCUACCAAGCAGAAAUGCACUUGUUCCUGACGGGUCUUGACAUCCCCGCCAAAGCACGUAUGAUCGAGCAACAAAUCCGCGCACAAAUGGCACCGCAUGAUCGUGUGCAGAGAACCCUACGAAUCAAAACGCUGCAACUGUCGACUCUCGCGUCAAUUGCUCAAGCACGGAAAGUAGAAAACCUUGCACCAGCGAAGUUUUUCCGACCGUGUAUCGACUCGAUCGUGUGUGCAUGCCCUGGAGCCACACCACAUCUUGACCUACGACAAGCAUUUCCAAAGGAAAUCUUCGAGUACUAUGUGACACUUCUCCCGCAGUCGGCGAUCGCGCACCAAGGUCAUCUUGCGACAGGCGAGGCAAUUGAUAUACCGCCGCCGAUAGAUACGAAAAUGUGGACCAUGCACCAACCUAUCCAAGAGUUCACCUCAAAUAUCCCAAGGUCCGAUUGCAACGUCGGAUUCUGGGUUCGCUACCAGGACAAGUAUGCGUGGUUGCAAAACCUCUUCUCGGUGGACCUCAUUAAGCAAAUGUAUGCCGAUGAGUAUAAAGGUGGCAGGGUGGAGAGAUGCGAGUUUCCCUGUGCACUCCUGCUGAAGGAUCAACUUGAUCGGGGGGUGAGUUGUACUACGAGUGUAGAUUUUCAAGGGAAGAAUUGCGCCGAAUCUUUAAGGGUCAGGGUUGUAGACAUGUCGUCCAGGUUUAUUGCUAGGGCGGAUCUAGGUCUUUUGCUCAGCUGCUGA